GUCAUCACUAGGGACGCGCGCGCUGCUGUUCAGCGCCAGUCUUGGAGGAGAGGUCUCUAGCGGAGACCUACAUCCUGGAUGAUUUGAUUGCCUGCGAUUAUUCUUUUGUAAAGGAGACCAGAGGAUAAGGAACCGAAUAGUCUCUGCAUGGGUCGGCUAUACAGAACCGUUGUUGUGACGGUGCUUCUGUUGUCGGUGCUGUCCCCGACCCGCCCGGUGUUCGGAGUGAAGCUCUGCGGAAGGUCCUUCCUGCGGGCGACCUUCCUGGUCUGCGGCAUGCACAAACGGUCCGGCCACGACGCGAGCAGACAAGCCGACUUCUCAGAGCCCAGACCUCCCGGUUUGAAGCCUCCUUCCAUCAGGACACCCAGGUCAGCGUUACUCCGUGACGAGGGCCCGCUCCACUCUACCCUGUCCAGCCUGCCCUCGUACACAACCACGUUCCCGACUCUCGCGCCAUUCGACUUCUGGAACGUCGCUUCCGUCAUAGAUCUCGCGAGAAUGAGUGCAGACGAGACGAGAGAAGAGGAGAAGAGAAGAGGAAGGGGGAGGGGGAAGGGCAGGGGGAGGGGGAAAGGCAGGGGCAGGCCGCGGGGAAGAGGGCGGUACGCUUACAAAGGGAUCGCCGACUAUUGCUGCAGAAAGGGUUGCACCCCGCGGCAGCUGGCCGUAGCCUGUUAG